CUCGGAGUUCGGUAUUUUCUUAUUUUACUUUUUACCACAAGAAAGGGAUAUUUGGUCCACUUCCUCAACUUACUGACUGGUUAGACGUUCACGUAUUAGUAAGAUGGCUCAGCCUCCAAACUACAGUCAAAUUCCACUGAGUGAACAUAGGCCCCAGCCAUAUCCAUCAACUAAAGUCCAGUCAGAUGGAGCUGGUAAAUUAUCAACUUAUCACAAAGAAGAUGACAAUAAACAACCGCCACAUACUUUACCGGAAAAUCAACAUUUUAUCGAUACUGAAUCUUCACCUGCCUAUAAGGAAGUUCCUUCGAUGAUACAUAAAGGGGAUCCACCACCGCCACUUACGUCAGUUGAACAUAUAUGUGUUGUAACAGAUAAUGCACCAAUAUACGAUAGCGUUUCAGUAAAUGUAGAUCAACCUAAGUCAUCAACUUCUAUCGAUCCAUAUUUACCUGAGAAUCAAACUAUAACUAUUUCUCCCACAAAAGUAAGUUACUUGUACCUACGAAGUGGCUGA